AUGUCUCAAAAGCGCAACGUCAUCGUCACAGAGUGCAUCACAGGAGGAGCAUCAGGCAUUGGCCUAGGAAUAACCAAACACUUCAUCCAAGACUCAAAUAAAAGGACACACAUAACAAUCCUAGACAUCAACCCCCAAACAGGUGCACAAACACUCGCCCAACUUCGCACCGAUUUCCCAUCUGCAGAAAUCUCAUUUGAAGAAUGUGACGUUUCAUCCUGGGAGAGCCAGGCCACCGCAUUCAAAAAAACAUACAACCAGCACGGUUCGAUUGAUCUGGUGUUCGCCAAUGCAGGAAUUACCGAGAAAGGAAGUUUCUUGCCAAAGGAUGCGAACGCAGGACCCGUGAAGCCGAAUUUGGCCACCUUGAAUGUGAAUCUUAUUGGGGUUGUAUAUUGUGAGAUCGUACCCGUGGACAGAACGGUGCAACUUGCUAUUCACUAUAUGUCGCGGAACGGUGGUGGGCUUAUUUGCUGUACUGCGUCGAAUGCGGGAUUGUAUCCGUUUCCUAUCGCGCCUAUGUAUGCGGCUACGAAGCAUGGUGUUAUUGGGCUGGUACGGUCGCUGGCGAGGUCGUUGGUUCCUAACGGGAUUCGGAUCAAUGCAUUGGCUCCUGCUGUUAUUGAAACGAAUAUUGCUCCGAGUUCGGAUUUGUUCAAGUCUAUGAUUCUUACACCCAUGUCUACUGUUUCUAAGGCCGUGGAAAUGUUUGUGGAUGAUGAAUCGUUGACGGGGAAAAUCGCCGAAUUGCACGGAGAGCAUGCUACUCUUUCAGAGCCUCCCGCCUAUGUCGAUGAAGAUACGGGGAAGAAUAUUGAGACGUUUUGGAAUCUUGGAUAUGCUUGA